AAUCAAUCGGCCGUGACUCGCGUUUGCACUCUUUCAAGUUGCCUCAACACGAGUCAAGAUUCUGCGUCAAGCAGGACAACUUCUAGGCGUUCGGCGAUACUUCGGUCGCGUAGGCCAGUUCGCGACAAAGAGAAUCAACAUGACGACUGAGCUGGAGCAGCAAAUUGCUGCGGCCCAGGAGGCUGUGACCAAGCAGGGUGAUACCGUUCGCUCUCUUAAGGCCAGCGCCAAGGAGGGCAAGGCAGAGAAGAGUGAAGUCGAUGCCGCUAUUCAAAAGCUGGCGGAGUUGAAGCUGACUCUGGAGAGCAAGCAGAAGGAGUUUGAGAAGGCGACCGGCAAGGUGUCGUCGCAGAGCAAGGAGGCCCUGCGCGCAGCCCUGGCUGGUGUCCUGGAGCGGCGCAUGUUCUACAUUCCCAGCUUCAAGAUCUAUGGCUCCGUGGCGGGCUUCUACGACUACGGCCCGCCCGGCUGCGCCAUCAAGCAGAACAUGACGCAGGUGUGGCGCACGCACUUCGUGCUGGAGGAGAACAUGCUGGAGGUGGAGUGCCCCGCUGUGACGCCCGAGGUGGUGCUCAAGGCGUCUGGCCACGUGGACCGCUUCACCGACUUCAUGGUGACGGACGUGGUGACGGGCGAGUGCUUCCGCGCCGACCACCUGCUGGAGGGCCACCUGGAGGCGCUGCUGGAGGACAAGAAGAACCCGGUCAGCCCGGAGAAGGCCAAGGAGAUCCGCGACCUGCUGGCGGGCGUGGGCGAGCUCAAGGCGGACACCAUGGAGGCCGCACUCACGGAGUACGACGUGCGCGCCCCCGGCACCGGCAACGGCAUCAGCCCGCCCUUCGCCUUCAACCUCAUGUUCAAGACCUCCAUCGGACCCAAGGGCGACAUGGUGGGCUACCUGCGCCCCGAGACCGCGCAGGGCAUCUUUGUCAACUUCCGCGACCUGCUCUACUACAACGGCGGCAAGCUGCCCUUCGCGGCGGCGCAGAUCGGCAACAGCUACCGCAACGAGAUCAGCCCGCGCGCCGGCCUGCUGCGUGUGCGCGAGUUCACGCAGGCGGAGAUCGAGCACUUUGUCAACGGCGACGACAAGCGCCACCCCAAGUUCUCGCUGGUGGCCGACCUGCGCCCGCUGCUGUACUCGCGUGAGCUGCAGAUGGGCGAGGAGAAAAAGGCCCAGCCCAUGUCUCUGGGCGAGGCCGUGUCCCGCGGCAUCAUCGCCAACGAGACGCUGGCCUACUUCAUCGGCCGCACCUGGCUGUUCUUCUGCAAGAUUGGCGUCAACCCCGCCCGCAUGCGCUUCCGCCAGCACCUGCAGCACGAGAUGGCCCACUACGCCACGGACUGCUGGGACGGCGAGGUGGAGACCACCUACGGCUGGGUGGAGUGCGUGGGGCUGGCGGACCGCUCCGCCUACGACCUCAAGGCGCACAGCGCCAUGAGCAAGAUCGACCUCACCGCCUUCGAGAAGUUCCCCGAGCCGCGCAUGGAGGAGGUGGUCAAGGUUGUUCCCAACAACAAGGAGCUGGGCGCCGUGUUCAAGAAGGACCAGAAGGCCGUCAAGGAGGCGCUGGAGGCGCUGGACAGCAGCGCGGCCAUGGACGUCAAGGCCAAGCUGGAGGCGGGCCAGACCGCCACCGUGUCCAACUGCGACGGCCAGACCUUUGAGAUCAAGGCCGGCAUGGUGGAGAUCAAGAAGGUGACGGAGAAGGUGACGGGCAAGACCUACACGCCCUCCGUCAUCGAGCCCUCCUUCGGCAUCGGCCGCAUCAUGUACUGCAUGUUCGAGCACUGCUACUACACGCGAGAGGGCGACGAGACCCGCGCCGUGAUGGGCUUCAAGCCGGUGGUGGCGCCCACCAAGGCCACGGUGUUCCCGCUGGUGCAGAAGCCCGCGCUCAACGACCUGGCCGCCAAGCUCAGCCGCGAGCUCACCGCCGCCGGCCUGUCCAACCUCAUCGACACCACCGGCAACACCAUCGGCAAGCGCUAUGCGCGCACGGACGAGAUCGGUGUGCCGUUCGCCGUGACGGUGGACUUCCAGUCGGUGGAGGGCGACGGCUCGGUCACGCUGCGCGAGCGCGACAGCAUGACGCAGGUCCGUGUGCCUGCCAGCGAGGUGGCGGGUGUGGUCCGGGACCUGGUGGACGACCGGACCACCUGGGAGGCCGUCAGCAGCAAGUACCCCGCGCAGAAGGCGUCUGCCGAUGAGGAGUAAGCGGCGCGACCUUGUCCCUGUUGAUAAACCAGCAACUUGGAGCUUGGAGAGCUAGCGGCUGAGCGUUGGGAGAGGUCCAGGCAGACUGUCCGGCUGUUGUGGUGUUGGUGUUCACGGUGGUUGAUGGUGGGCAGAAGGCCGUUUCACGGUGGCGCCGCCGACAGGCAGCGUGAGCGGGAUGUGGCGCUGGGGUGCUCGGGUGCUGCGCGGCGGGUAGGUUGGGCGCUUCAAACGCGUGGCGUCGUCCUGACGGCCUGGACCCGUGAGCCCCUGGCCCGUCCUUGUGGGUGCAUCUGGGUGCGUGUGGCCAGCCGGCACAGCACAGCAGGUCCGGAGGUGCAUGGGUGCAGUGGCAGGGGGAGGGGCAGGAUGACGCGGGCCGUAAGGUCCAUGCGGUGGUGAUGAUGGGGCGGACAGCAGCAGGAUGCGGUGGGUGGUGAGGAAGUGAAGCGGGCGCGGUUGACACAGCGGUGAGGAGGACAUGCAAGGGCAAGUGGAGUGCGUUGGAGGCUUAACAUGUGAGCACUCGCCACUGCGAAGAAGGGCAGAAAUGAUGUAGGCUGACCGGUACCCACGUGCGAGGGUCAGUGACAGCAAUGGGCUGCUGUGCAGACUUUGAAUGCGGAUGGUGGCCCCUCACACAACGUGAUGCCUUCCGUACUAGCGCUCCAGCGCCCAGCUCACGACGGACAAGUCGUAGUGGGAUAAGCCUGUCAUUGACGUGCGUUGCGGAACUAAUGCGUACGUAGACCAGAGCGGAAGGCGGAGUGGAUGUCCUGCCCGCUACCCCGAUGCCGUUACACCAGUACACCCGCACUCAGAAACAUGCCACUUCAUCGCACAUCCCGCACGUACCUGCAUUGUAUUUACAGAAUACUCCAAUGCCUUACCUGACGUGCCGUGCGGCACAGGGUUUCACCAAUUCAUUCAUCCGGACGCCGCCCGGUGAAGUCAUGUCCUUUGCAGCUUUUGUGUGGUCGUGUGUGUGCUCUCGUGUGGGUGUGCGCAGCGCCAGCCAGCCUGUAGCCACGUUAUGCAUGCUUUCUGUCCUGGGUUGGAGUGGAGCUCCACGUGAAGUCGUGCGGCGUCACAUCAAGUCACGGCAUGACGCACACCCGACCAACCCGGAGUCAGAUGAUGCCUUGUGCUGUGACUGUAUAAUUUGUUCCCGCC